GACUCUGAGAUAGGAGGUGGGAUUGCAGAGUCACGCGUCAGUUCGUUCCCUCCUCUGUGUACCGGCCAGUAAAAUCCGAACCCACAGCGAGAAAUGGCGGCGGCAGCGCUCCGUCCGGCGAUCCUCCGCCGCAUCCGCCUCUCCCCCUCCCCUUCGCUCGCCCUCGCCGCCGCUGGGACAGGUGCAUCCCACCCGCACGCGCUGGGGCGGUGGCUCGCGCGGCCCAUGUCCUCCCACGACGCGCACCUCACCCGCGACGAAGUCAUCGACCGGAUCCUCGACGUCAUCAAGAGCCACCCCAAGAUCGACCCCUCCAAGGUGACCCCGGAGGCGCACUUCGAGAAGGAUCUGGGGCUCGACAGCCUGGACACCGUCGAGGUGGUCAUGGCCAUCGAGGAGGAGUUCAAGCUCGAGAUCCCAGACAUGGAGGCUGACAAGAUCGACUCACUCCCUCUGGCCAUCGAGUACGUCGCCAACCACCCCAUGGCUGGCUGAGCCUCUGCUCGCCCGAGAGGAGGCGAGUUGAGGUGAGGCUUCGCUUGGUUUUGUUUCCGAGGGCAAAUAAUCUGCUGGAGUGGCACAGAAAAACUUGUUCCUGGUGCUCUGCAUUGCUUCACGGUGACGGAUGAUGAUGUCGAAAUGGAACAUUAACAUUUUCAGCGUUAGAUUGUUGUUUUUGUGUGCGUGUUAUAUCUAUAUAUACUGGUUGACAAACUAGUUUGGUUGAUUGAGUCUGAUCGUUGUUGGGUUAUUUGAAUUGGGUUCGUGAUAGUUUCCCAUGAUAUUUUAUCUGUUUUCCAUGUGCUUUUGGGAACCUAAAUUGAUAAGAACGGCUUACAAGGAUUGAUGUAGGUUAAAAGUCUCAGGGUUCAUGACAGCUGUUAGUGUGGCCUCUUGUUGUCCAACUCUUGUUCCUGUUAAUGAGGCUUGAGUCUGUUUUAUUUGUCAACAUUAUGGUUUUGUUGGUUGGAAGUAUUCCACCUAUUGCAUGAGAAGAGAUCAAAGGAAAGUGUGGCCUCUUGUUCUAA